CGACGACCGCAACUUGAGCUGCCGAGAUGGGGAAGCAACCCGUUAGGAUGAAGGCCGUGGUCUAUGCUCUUUCACCUUUCCAGCAGAAAGUUAUGACUGGUCUCUGGAAGGAUUUGCCUUCCAAGAUUCACCACAAGAUCUCUGAGAAUUGGAUCAGCGCCACGCUCUUGCUCGGUCCUCUUGUCGGCACCUAUACGUAUGUUCAAAACUACCAGGAAAAGGAGAAGCUGGCUCACAGGUACUGAGGACAUGCAAGAGUGUAUGCGGAUAAUCUCCAUCUUUACCAGAAGACAUUUGAAAUUUUCUUGUGUAACCUGCAAACAGCCUGAAAAUGAUGAAACUAGAUCUAUGGUUGAAAUAUUAUUCUACAAGUUUGGAAUGUUUCGACUCUGAGAGGCCUCAAUAAUUGUUAUCUUCAAGAUGCCUGUAUGCCAUUGCCAUCAAAA